UGAUGCGUCCUUUCAGGUCGCUGUUUGCGCUCUUUGCUUACCGUUCCAUUCUACCGUACAGGAAAAACUCCCAGAAGCCUGAUGAUGAGCUCAUCACGAGAUUCCAGAAGACUUUCCAGGACGUUGUUCCUCCAGUCACCGCCCGCAAUGCUGCGCGGUUCGGUCAGGGACCCGUUGGACCCAUCACUCCCGCCAGGUAAGAACAUACAUCUCCCGGGGCCACGAAAUGGACAUUCCGUCUUAGGACGAAAUCCACUCAGACACCUGCCCAUGGAAUUUCAUACUCGGAAUUAGAUUUGAAUUGAGAGCUGACUCACUGUUCAACCAUAGGUUGAGCAUGGACAGCGACCUGAAGCCCAACGAUAUCACCCCCCGUGCUACGCACGACAUGCGUUUCGCACAAUCAUACGUUGAUCCCAACGCAGUAUCAUAUAUAAACCACAUGAACCCCCAUGGCUACUACACUCCGAACUCCGGGGGACUAGGGGCCAUGUACCAUAGCCAGGCGGGAGACUUGCAUACCCCCGGCAUGGGUUUGAGCAUGAUCACUCCCCUGUCACUUCCUCAGCAGCUGUCUGCAACCACGAUCAACACAGAUCCUGCCACCAUGGGCCUUGACCAUUUCAAUCCGCAUUUUCUCCCCUCACACUUCCAUAACCCGCAACCGUUUGCUCAACCGGCGACUUUUGCACCGGGGGCAUUUAUUCCCACCGAUACAGUUUAUGAUGCCAUGGACGAAUCUGUCGAGUCAAUGUCUCUGAAUGAUGUGGAUAUGCAGGGUAAUGCUGCAACCCAAUUUGUUCCGUCGGCGAUUCAAGAUGAUCAGCUCAGCAUCCAGAACUCGGGCGAAAGUUUUCGCUAUCAUGUCACAUUGCGCGCUCCCACGGCAAUGAUUAACCACCAAGCUGAGAUACCCGUCACAUAUCUUAACAAAGGCCAAGCAUACUCGAUCUCUGUUGUUGAUUCGACACCACCACCAAUGACUGGGCAACCGGUGAAGUAUCGGACUUACAUCCGCGUGUCUUUCCAAGAAGAAGAGCAAAGAGCUAAGCCGGGAGCUUGCUGGCAGCUGUGGAAGGAAGGACGAGGCUCCAAUGAGGCGCAUCAACGAGGCGGCAAGUUGCAAGCGGUGGAGUUUGUCGAUCCAACGCAAGGGGGUGUUGAAGACUCGAAGAACCGUCAGAUCCAGCUCGAAUGUGCAUCAUUUGAUGGUUUCUGCGUGACCUGGACCGCGAAUCCAUUGACCGGAUCGUCGGAUUGUGCCAUUUCUGUUCGCUUCAACUUCCUCUCGACAGAUUUCAGCCAUUCCAAGGGUGUGAAGGGUAUCCCCGUCAGAUUGUGUGCGAAGACAGAAAUGCUCUCACCAGAGGACGUAGCAUCUGGCUCAGGCAAGGAGCCGGAAGUAUGCUAUUGCAAAGUGAAGCUUUUCCGUGACCAUGGAGCCGAGCGUAAACUGUCCAAUGAUGUCGCCCACGUCAAAAAGACGAUUGACAAGCUUAGGCAGCAGAUUACGCAGGCGGAGAUGGGAGCUGGCAACUAUGGCAAGCGGAAGCGCAGCAGCGGCUCGAUUGCGCUCAAGGGCGCCGAUCCUCGCCCCGCCAAGAUCACGAAACACAAACGGACCUGGUCCAUGAGCUCCCAGGAUGGGCCCGGCAAGAUGUCAUUGGAAGAUGAUUUGCACGCCAAACUCGCACUGAUGCAGGACAUGUUCACUUCGACUCGGCCAGUGAGCAUCUUAGGGUUGCGGGGCGAGGAAGAAGAUGAUCCUGAUUUAUUUCCGGUGGCACUGCCUGAAUCGCGCGAUUUCAUCAAGAGAGAGAACAGCCGUAGUUCUCGAUUUAGCGUCGAUGGGGGUUCUCUGCAUGCCGUCUCCCCAACCAGCAGCAGCAUUUCAUUGAACUCGCCAUGUCAUCCGAGCUCGCAGGCUAAUCUAUACUAUGACUCGGGAUACCACGGCUCCAUGAACAACUCCCGCGAGAACUCGCGUCCUUGCUCCGAAGCCAUUGGCGAGAAGGUCCUGCUGAAGCAUCCGGUCAAGGUUCAGAAGGUCGCCGGCAACGAUAACCACGUCCCUGUGGGAUAUAUCGAAGCAGUAGACAUUGACCCGACUUACAGGCCACCUACUGAGCGACCAGUAAAACCAAUUGCAUGUUUCUACGUCCGAUUCCCGCGAAACGAUCAGUCUCAGGACGACUACUACCGGGCCGUGUACUUGACGGAACGCACCGUGCGAGAUUUGAUGGAGAAGAUCUCGAUGAAGCAGCGGAUCGACCCGCGACGUAUUGUCCGGGUGCUUCAUGUCAAGCAGAACGGUCUGAAGAUCAUGGUCGAUGAUGAUGUCGUUCGCGAACUGCCAGACGGUCAAGACAUGGUGGUUGAGAUUUCCGAGACGUCCACAUUCGAAAGUGCGGCGGCUGCAGGCGCUGAGAGCGCGAAAAGCGUCGAAGUCAAGUUGAGCUAUUAAUCCGUCUUAAUUUUCUGGAGACAUCUACGACC